ACGGUAGACGCAGUGCGAAUUCAAAAGCGAUGGGAUUACAAUUUGGAAGAACUAAAAAACUGUUUAAAAAGUGUCUCUGGAGAUGUCGUUUAUCCAAGUGAUCCCAAUUACCUAGUAUUAUCCCAAGACAUUAAUACAGAUAUAGACAGAUUUCCUGCGGCUUUAUUGUAUGCAGCAAACGAAUAUGAUAUAAAAAUUGCGAUAUAUUGCGCAAAAACGUAUAAAAUACAAAUUGUCGCACGUUCUGGAGGACAUUCAUUUGAAGAAUACUCUCUUGGAGGUCAUGAUGGUGCACUCGUAGUUGACUUGAAAAAAUUUUCGGAUUUAACAAUCGAUACUAAGACACGCACUGCUGUGAUCGGAACUGGAAAUAGACUCGGUACUAUAUAUUAUAAACUUAGCCAGGUCCGGCACGUUAUUCCAGCCGGUGCUUGUCCAUCAGUCGGUAUUGGUGGUCAUUCUUUAGGUGGUGGUUUUGGCUUAUAUUCUCGAGCAUUUGGUUUGGCCUCUGAUAAUAUUCUUUCGAUUAAGAUGGUCAGCGCAAAUGGAACAACCUUAACCGCUAAUCCUUUUUCACAUCCCGACUUAUUCUUUGCUCUGAGAGGUGCUGGAGGAGGCAAUUACGGAAUUGUUACUAGCAUCACAUUCAGAAUCCACCCUUAUUCGGAAAAUGUUACAGUUUUCACUUAUAAUUGGACGAGCACAGCAAUUGCCCAUAAAUUUAUUCCUGCGAUGGUCAAAUUUUCUGCACAUGGCACCGAUC